GCCGGAAGGUAAAGCCGGACACAGCCAUGAAGGUUGAACCUAUGUGGGAUGAAUGGCUGGGAAGCUCAGCGACCGGAAGAGUGAGGCCAGGAGGUCUGGGUUGGGCGCCGCCAUGACAACCUGAUACCGGAAAAGGCGGGUCUCUUCUCCCUGACUGAUCGGCGCCUGACUCGCCUGGAGAUGCAGGCAGCCCUAGAAGUGACUGCUCGAUACUGCAGCCGGGAGCUGGAGCAGUAUGGCCAAUGUGUGGCAGCCAAGCCAGAGUCGUGGCAUCGAGAUUGUCACCACCUUAAGAUGAGCAUUGCUCGCUGCACGUCCUCCCACCCCAUCAUCCGCCAGAUCCGACAGGCCUGUGCUGAGCCGUUUGAAGCUUUUGAGAAGUGUCUUCGCUUGAAUGAAGCAGCAGUUGGCAACUGUUCGGAACACAUGCGUCGCUUCCUGCAGUGUGCCGAGCAGGUGCAGCCACCAAGUUCACCCACACCUGGAGAGGCACAGCCCCUGCCUGCCUCUUGACAACCCCUUGGACUUUGCGAAAACGGACAAGAGUGACCAUCCCACUUGAUGUCUUCGUCUAGAAGAGUGACAAGAGUUUUGGGGUCUUGAGGACCCUGCUAUGGGUCUGGCUCUCCUGGACAUCAGGACGUUAAAUAAAUAAAGACUGAGUCCUGGGCUCUGA